CUACAGCGGCAAAAUAGAAUAACCAUAUCGUUCUUCACAGUCCAAGCGCCAGAGGGAGAGAAAAUGAGCUACGCAGCUUACAAAUUGAUGCACCCUCCCACCGGAAUCGACAACUGCGCUUCGGGAUUCAUCACGCAUUCUCCGGCCGACUUCCCUUCUCGCAUUCUGCCGGUUCAGACUGAAGACGUCGAGUCCGUAUGGACCUCCACGCUGACCCCAGGUGUCGGCCCCAUCCCCAACCUCAUCGUGACCGCGGCUAAUGUGCUUGAAGUUUAUGUAGUUAGGGUUCAGGAAGAUGGUAAUAAUACCAACAAGGAUUCUUCCAGCGUAGCACAACCACAGCGUGGAGGCGUCAUGGCUGGUCUCUCUGGUGCUUCACUAGAACUCGUUUGUAGUUACAGGUUGCAUGGUAAUGUGGAAUCAGUGGGUGUGCUGUCUUCUGGAGCAGAUGAGCGGACAGGUGGUAGAAGAAGAGAUUCUAUCAUCUUAACUUUUCAAGAUGCAAAAAUCUCAGUUCUAGAAUUUGAUGAUUCAGUGUAUGGACUUCGUACAAGUUCAAUGCACUGCUUUGAGGGUCCACAGUGGCUUCAUUUGAAAAAAGGCAGAGAAUGUUUUGCCAGAGGGCCGUUAAUCAAAGUUGAUCCUCUGGGCAGGUGUGCUGGGGUACUUGUGUAUGGCCUACAAAUGAUAAUACUCAAAGCUGCUGAGGCUGGUGGUUUGGCUGGCGAUGAUGGUGCUUCUAGUACAGGGGGAUCAGUUUCUGCACGCAUUCAAUCAUCAUACAUGAUAAGUUUACGAGAUUUGGAUGUCAAGCAUGUCAAGGAUUUUAUUUUCGUUCACGGUUACAUUGAACCGGUGUUGGUCAUCCUUCAUGAGAAAGAACUCACUUGGGCUGGGCGUCUCCCUUAUAAGCAUCAUACUUGUCUAAUUUCUGCACUUAGCAUCAGCACCACUUUGAAGCAGCAUCCACUCAUAUGGUCUGCCUCUAAUCUUCCACAUGAUGCCUAUAAGCUUCUUGCUGUGCCCUCUCCAAUUGGUGGAGUCCUUGUUGUUUGUGCAAAUACCAUUCAUUAUCAUAGCCAGUCAGCAUCGUGCAUAUUGGCUUUGAACAAUUAUGCUCUUCCAGUGGAUAGCAGUCAGGAGAUGUCAAGAUCGAGUUUUAGCGUGGAGCUUGAUGCUGCGAAUGCAACUUGGUUAUCAAAUGAUGUUGCCAUGCUGUCAACAAAAUCUGGAGAACUACUUCUGUUGACACUUGUUCACGAUGGGCGAAUCGUGCAGAAACUUGACCUUUCCAAGUCUAAAGCUUCAGUACUAACUUCGGGAAUCACUACUGUUGGAAGCUCUUUCUUCUUUCUGGGAAGUCGUCUAGGAGAUAGUUUGCUCGUGCAGUUCCAUUGCGGAUCAAGUUCCUCUAUUUUGACUCCUGGUGCAAAGGAAGAGGUUGGUGAUAUUGAAGGCGAUAUCCCGUCAACAAAACGAUUAAGGAGAUCUUCCUCUGAUGCUUUGCAAGAUAUGGCAAAUGAUGAAGAACUUUCCUUGUAUGGCUCGGAUCUGAACAAUGCGCAGUCUUCCCAGAAAACAUUCUCAUUUACUGUGAGGGACUCAUUGAUUAAUGUUGGCCCUUUGAAAGACUUCUCCUAUGGUUUACGAAUGAAUGCUGAUCCAAACGCGAAAGGGGUUGCUAAGCGAAGUAAUUAUGAACUUGUGUGCUGUUCUGGCCAUGGAAAGAAUGGUGCUCUCUGUGUGUUGCAGCGGUCUAUUCGUCCAGAAGUUAUCACUCAAGAAGCUAUACCGGGCUGCAAGGGGCUUUGGACCGUCUACCACAAGAAUUCACGCAAUCAAGCUGAACAUUCGAAAACAACAGCUGAAGAUGACGAGUAUCAUGCAUAUUUAAUUAUCAGUUUGGAAAGUCGGACGAUGGUGCUACAGACAGUUAGUAAUCUUGAGGAGGUCACUGAGAAUGUGGAUUACUUUGUUCAAGGAAGUACCAUUUAUGCUGGGAAUCUUUUUGGAAGGAGGCGGGUAAUACAAGUGUACUCUCGUGGUGCUCGGAUUCUUGAUGGCGCUUUCAUGACUCAAGAUCUAAACUUCCGAGCUACGAAUUCUGAAGCUGCUAUGAAUUCUCAGAGUUCAGCAGUAUCAUCUGUCUCAAUUGCUGAUCCAUAUGUCUUAUUGAGGAUGACUGAUGGAAGUAUUCAACUUCUUGUUGGAGAUCCCUCCACAUGCACCAUGAGCAUCAACAAUUUGGCGGUAUUUCAGAGCUCUAAGAAAUCGAUAACUGCCUGUACCCUUUAUCAUGAUAGAGGAACAGAGCCAUGGCUCAGAACGACAAGUACCGAUGCUUGGCUCUUGACAGGUGUUAGUGAGGCAAUUGAAGGACCUGAUGGUACACCUCAUGAUCAGGGUGAUAUAUACUGUGUAAUUUGUUAUGAGAGUGGCACCCUUGAAAUAUAUGAUGUGCCGAAUUUCUCUUGUGUUUUUUCGGUGGACAGCUUUGUGUCAGGACGGAUCUAUCUUGGAGAUGAUUUAUUCCAGGAAUCUUCUGAUGAUUCUCAAAAAUUAUCUAAAAGUAAUGAAGGGGCUGGGCAUGGUAGGAAGGAUAAUAAUCAGAACUUGAAGGUUGUGGAAUUGGCCAUGCAUAGGUGGCCAGGAGAGAAUACCCGCCCUUUCCUUUUUGGAAUCUUGGCUGAUGGGACCAUUCUUUGUUAUCAUGCUUACUUGUAUGAAGGAAUAGAAAAUGCUUCUAAAUGUGAAGUUGUUUCUAUUCAAAGUUCUUCAAACCCAAGCGGGGCAAGUUCUUCAAACCCAAGCGGGGCAAGUUCUUCAAGGCUUAAAAAUUUGAGGUUCUCCCGUGUUCCUUUGGAUACAUACACAAGAGAAGAGAUAUCAGCAGAAACCCCAUUUCCACGAAUGACAAUGUUCAAGAAUGUUGGUGGUUACCCUGGUUUCUUCCUUUCUGGUUCAAGGCCUACCUGGUUCAUGAAAUUCAGGGAGCGGCUUCGAAUUCAUCCGCAGCUUUGUGAUGGACCAAUUAUUGCCUUCACAGUUCUACAUAACAUGUACUGUAACCAUGGUUUCAUAUAUGUUACCUCACAGGGUACAUUGAAGAUCUGUCAACUGCCAUCUUUGCUAUCCUAUGAUAAUUAUUGGCCCGUACAAAAGAUUCCCUUGAAGGCUACUCCGCAUCAAGUAACAUACUUUGCUGAGAAGAACUUAUACCCGCUUAUUGUUUCUGUUCCUGUCCUAAAGCCUGUAAAUCAAGUUCUAUCAUCUAUGGUUGAUCAAGAAGGUGGCCACCAAAUUGAGCAUGAUAAUUUAAAUCUUGAUGGUACUUAUACUGUGGAAGAAUUUGAGGUCCGAAUUUUGGGACCAGAAAAUUCUGGUGGCCAAUGGCAAACUAAAGGAACAAUUCGGAUGCAAAGUUCUGAGAAUGCUUUAACUGUGCGAGUGGUUACUUUAUCUAAUACAACAACCAGAGAAAAUGAUACACUUUUGGCAAUUGGGACCGCUUAUGUGCAAGGGGAGGAUGUAGCUGCAAGAGGGCGUGUUCUUUUGUUUUCUGUUGACAGUAGCUCUGAAACUUCACAGGCAGCGGUUUCAGAGGUCUAUUCAAAGGAAAUGAAAGGUGCUAUAUCAGCUCUAGCUUCAAUCCAGGGUUACCUGUUAGUAGCUUCAGGCCCAAAAGUUAUCCUACACAAGUGGACUGGUUCUGAGUUGAGUGGUGUUGCCUUUUUUGAUGCUCCACCACUUUAUGUUGUCAGCUUAAAUAUUGUUAAGAAUUUUAUUCUGCUAGGGGAUAUCCACAAAAGCAUAUAUUUCCUAAGUUGGAAAGAACAGGGAUCUCAACUGACUUUAUUGGCCAAGGAUUUUGGUUCCCUGGAUUGUUUUGCAACAGAGUUUUUGAUCGAUGGAAGCACUCUCAGUCUCAUGGUCUCGGAUGACCAAAAGAAUGUACAGAUAUUUUAUUAUGCACCAAAGGUGUCUGAGAGUUGGAAAGGGCAGAAACUUCUUUCAAGGGCUGAGUUUCAUGUUGGGGCGCAUGUGACUAAAUUUUUACGGUUGCAGAUGCUUCCAGCUUCUGAUCGCACCAAUGCUACUCCAGGAUCUGAUAAGACAAACCGUUUUGCCCUUCUGUUUGGUACCUUGGACGGCAGCAUUGGGUGUAUUGCACCUCUUGAUGAACUAACAUUUCGCAGACUUCAGUCGCUGCAGAAAAAACUUGUUGACGCUGUUUCUCAUGUUGCUGGGUUGAAUCCCAGAUCUUUCCGCCAGUUUCAUUCAAACGGAAAGGCUCACCGGCCUGGACCUGACAGCAUUGUUGACUGCGAGCUGCUAGGCCAUUACGAUAUGCUUCCCUUCGAACAUCAGCUUGAAAUCGCUAACCAGAUUGGGACGACUCGUUCACAGAUCAUUUCAAAUUUGAAUGACCUCUCUCUCGGUACUAGCUUCUUGUGAAAAGCAUCUCGGUCUUGACCAUUUUCGAGCUUCCGAUAGCUGUUGUGUUUUCUAAUGGUAAUGUAGGUUGCUGUGCUAGAUCAGUUUCAUGUAACAUAGGGGUGAUGAAAGUGUAUAAUUUGUCAAGUGUUCAUUUGAAUCAUAGCCAGUAGAUACCAUUAAGACAUGUAUAUAUAGGAAGGAAAGUGGAUCCAACUUGAGUAUCUCUGGUUCUUGGCUUAAUUUUUAAACAUUCCAGAGUU